UGUGUCACGUUGCGUGGGACAGUCAGGAACACAUUCACAACAAUGUGGCAGAAUCUUUGGAAUUGGAAGUAACAGACCUUGUUUUUUUCUCAGAAGGAUACUCCAGAGCUGUGAUAAUGAAUGGAAAACUCAUCCCCCAUACUCCACUGGCUGUGGACUUCUGGCAGGUCAGGAAGUGUCCACAUGUGCGCCUGUUCUUCCUGUCCCACAUGCACAGUGACCAUACCGUGAGCCUGACCUCCACCUGGGCCAACAGACCUAUCUACUGUUCACCGGUUACUGCCACGCUGCUCAAACUCAAACUACAGGUCAGAGAGAGAUGGAUCCAUCCUCUAGAGGUGGGCGAACCCAACAUGUUGCCUCUGGAUGAUAUAGGCAAGGAGAGGUUGACCGUCACUCUCAUGGAUGCUAACCACUGUCCAGGGGCGGUCAUGUUCCUGUUCCAAGGAUACUUUGGCACCAUACUGUACACUGGAGAUUUUCGCUACACUCCGUCCAUGCUGCGUGAGCCGUGUCUAAGGACCAACACCACUAUAGAUGUCCUGUACCUGGACAACACUAACUGUGACCCCACACGCACCCUGCCCUCCAGACAACGAGCCACUCAGCAGAUCAAAGAGAUCAUCCGUAGCCAGCCCAAGCACAAUGUUGUCAUUGGCCUCUAUACUCUGGGUAAGGAGUCUCUAUUGGUACAGCUGGCCAUGGAGUUUAAGACAUGGAUUGAAGUGUCCAUCGAGAGACUAAAGACUCUCAGAGCCCUGGAGCUACCAGAUGUCUUCACCACUGAGCCAGGAGCAGGUCGGAUCAGGGCCGUGGACCAGUCAGAGAUCCGCUCCACCAACCUCCUCCGUUGGAACAGGGAACACCCCACCCUGGCCAUCCUGCCCACCAGCAGACCCCUGGUCUCCUUCCACCCUAAUGUCCAUGUGGUGCCUUACUCGGACCACUCCUCCUACCAGGAACUGGAGGACUUUGUCUCGGCCCUGCAGCCCACCUCCCUGGUCCCCAUCGUGGGCAGGCUUACCUCUGGCAUCCCCUCCUUCUCUGCCCUGCUGCCUAGGAGAAAACACCACGAAGUUCUGGUUCCCGAGUCAGUCCGGCACUAUAUGAAUGGCCGGCCUGAGUUGCAGGUUCAAGACACUGGUCAGUCCAGCUUUCUGGGUUACAGUAACCUGCUGCGGAGGCCUAUCCGACCCCCUCCACCCAGAGGGGUGGUGUUUGAGUCCCCCCCUAAGGUCCCCUCCAGGCCUGGGUCGGUGGUGGACGAAGCCUGGGAGACAGGGUCCAUGGAGCAUCCUCAUCAGGAGGAAGAGAUGGACACAGAGAUGGAUGCAGAUAAAGAUGGAGAAGAUUCAGACUGUAUACUGAUGGAUCUGAGUAAAGACCACAGCCCUACCACAGACAUAGGGCCCAGCUCCAACCCCAACCCUAACCCCAUCCUGACCGGAGACCCUAACCCCAUCCUGACCGGAGACCCCAGCCUGACCAGAGACCCCAGCCUGACCAGAGCCCCCAGCCUGACCAGAGACCCCAGCCUGACCAGAGACCCCAACCCAAGCCUCAGCAGAGCCCCCAGCCUGACCAGAGACCCUAGCCUGACCAGAGACCCCAACCCCAGCCUGACCAGAGACCCUAGCCUGACCAGAGACCCCAACCCCAGCCCGACAGGAGACCCUAACGCCAGCCCGACAGGAGACCCCAACCCCAGCCUGACCAGAGACCCCAGCCUGACCAGAGACCCCAGCCUGACCAGAAACCCCAACUCCAGCCUGACCAGAGACUCCAGCCUGACCAGAGACCCCAGCCUGACCAGAGACCCUAGCCUGACCAGAGACCCCAACCCAAGCCUCAGCAGAGCCCCCAGCCUAACCAGAAACCCCAACCCCAGCCUGACCAGAGACACAAGCCUCAGCAGAGCCCCAUGGAGCCUGAAUCUGGUCCACAGGGUCUCAGAGAACCUGGAUUUGGAGGAGAGUCUCCCUUUCAGUCUAUUCACCCAGAGUAACUUUACACUCAUGGAGGUCCUGAGAAACACUGCCAUUUCACUGAGACCCAGAGCUGUGAGAGAGGAGACCCAUCUUCAGUAUUUGCCUCGUGACAAUGACAAUAUGGCCACCGAAAACUGUAACUUCAACGCAGUAUCAGUUAACAUAACCAGUUCCCACAAUGGACACCCUGACCAGGAGAUAAAAUGUCCUCCAUUACCGCUUCUUAGCCUGAGCCCCUGUUCCAGUGACAGUACCUGUGUGAACACUAGUGACACCACUGAAACACAUACACAACCUGAACCUCCAGAAGACUGUGAGCUGUCUCUUCUGCUGUCCCUCCCUUUCUCCGAGGAGGACGUGUCUGUCUCUGGUUGCUAUAGGAACACUCUUCUUGACCGGAGCUUUUUGGAAAAGUUCAGCCUCUCUCCUUCAGAUUUGAAGUAGGGUGAAGUUGCCCAAGCCUAGACACUGAUCUCGGGUCAGUUUUCCAACUUUCCUCCACUAAUGGUUAAGGGUAUGAUUGGGAGAGGUGAAGCUGAUCCUAGAUCUGUACCUAUGGGGAGCCUUCUAGUGAGGGAAUGGCAGUCUUCAGUUCCACUCUGACACCUCACACCUCUCUCUGAGGUACCUUAGCUGCUGACUCCAGACAGAGACAGAGGACAAUGUGAAUACUAACAUGUCAACGGUCUUUCCUCCACAUUCCUUAAGAAGACUUGUACUGUUUUUAUUUAUUUAUUUAUUUUUUGCUAUGUCAGAUGGAGAUUUUCCAUUUAAAUUGGCUCUUUUUGGUUCAGGACUAGGCUUAAUCUGUGUCUGGGAAACUGGCCCGUUAUGUUGACUUUAAGUGAAGUGCAUAUUUCACUGUGCCAUUUAAUUUCUGACAUGAUUGGUGUUUAUACAGGUGCAGUAUUUACUCAGCUCUCACCUACGCUAUGUUAUGGCUAGGUUAUAGGCUGCAUGGAUUCAUUUCAUUCCACGUAAUGUGCCACAGUGAUUGAACCAUGAUUUUAAGGAUUUAUUUCCCGUAAUGUGCCACAGUAAUUGAACCAUGUUUUUAAGGAUUUAUUUCCUGUAAUGUUCCACAGUGAUUGAACCAUGUUUUAAAUGUGACUCAUUGGUGAAUGGCUUCAUCCUGUAGCCAAUGUAUUCUAUGCCUUUUAAACCCAUCUCACAGUUGAUUUUAUAUAUAUAAUAUACACUGAGUAUACCCAAACAUUAGGAACACCUUCCCCCUUGACUGGUGUCAAGGUCCCUGCCAUCCAGGACCUAUAUGUCAGACAGCCUGAAAAGCCUGAAACUGCCUUAAUUCUGGUACCGCCCAGCAAACGGUCCUGGUGCAUCGGCUCCCAUAACAACAGGCGCUGAGACAGCUUCUACCCCCAAGCCAUUAGACUGCUAAAUAGUUAAUUAAAUGGUUACCCAGACUAUCUGCACUGACCUUCUCUUGUACUGAUUCUAUGCACACUCACAAGACUAUACACUGAGUGGACAAAACAUUAGGAACACCUUCCUAAUAUUGAAUUGUAGCCCCUUUUGCCCUCAGAAUAGCCUCAAUUCGUCGGGACAUGGACUCUACAAGGUGUUGUAAGCGUUGCACAGGGAUGCUGGCCCAUGUUGACUCCAAUGCUUCCCACAGUUGUGUCAAGUUGGCUGGAUGU